GCGACAGCUGAAUACUUGGAGACCGCGGAUUCAGAGGAGUCACUGGCAGUGAGUGUUGAUGGUACCAGGCGAGAACUAUCAAAGUCAGUAUGCAUAGUCGCAUGGCAUUCGUAGGGUUCGUACGUUUGUAGCCAAACUUGUGAGAGUCAUUGCUGGCUCCAGCGACGGCGAAUCGGGGAGACGAGAAGAAGCGCUUGACUGCCUCCAUCGUGAAUAAUAUAAGCCCUGUGGUGUAAAACGAGGUAGGUAUGGAUGCGAAAUAUGAGAGUACAGAGCAAUGGGGAAUGAGGGGCAGGAUUGACGCAAUUAAAUACUCCAGAGUCCCAGACCCUCCCCCGAUUUCAUCAUCUCCGGUCCUCAACCUCGGUUCUUCAUCACAUCAUCUCCGUCAAAUGCAAUCUCUCUACCUUUUGUUCCAUCGUCUUUCGCUUCCCUCUCUGCUGGAUGCCCCCUUUCAUUCCCUCUAAACGCCAGUCCUCUGAGGAUUCCCCCCCUGCUCAACGCCAUGCCGCUGCCGCGACCACGACCGCCCCGAGCGAAUCUUUAACACCCAUCUCCGACUCUUCCCUAACUCCCGUCCCCACCGAUGUUGACAAUGCCAUAACUGAAGAAAACAAGGAGGGCUUAUCUGACUCCGAGGAUGCAGAAUCCGAUGAGGUCGAUUGGGAAGACGCAAUCCAUUCCGCCGCCCCCGCCACAAGCUUUGUCUCCCCCCAGGAAAACCUGGAGUUGACCCUAGAUCGAAAUGAGGUGCAUCUAGAGGACAUCCUCCAAGGCCAGAAAGCACCAUCGAAGAUUGAACGCCAAAUCCGAAUUCUAAUCCACCGCCUGCAUGUGCAGUGUCUAUUUGCCCAUAACGUAGUACGCAACGACUGGGCCAACGACUCAAAAUGCCAUGAAAUCCUCCGACAGAAACUGCCCCCUGCUAUUCAAAAGGAAGUACAGAAAUGGCGCCGGGCAUCUGGGCUUGAGCCACCAGAGCCGCCAAAGGAGCCGCCUUUGAAGAAGGGGAAGAAGGGGAAACAGAAUAAGCGCAAGGUGUCGUCGCAACAACGCGAUUGGGGAGAAGACUCGUCGCGGCAAGAAGUCGGGCAACCUGAUCUGAGCAAUGGCGAUCCCAUAAUCCAUUUGAUGCGUAUCCUUGCUGCAUACUGGAAGAGCAAAUUCAAAAUUACCACACCGGGGCUACGAAAACAUGGCUAUCGGCCCAUGUCUCAAUUACAGACGCAAAUAGCAUCGUUUCACCAUGACGAGCACGAUCCGGAAUUGUACGGGGAGCGGAUUUCCAACGUUGAAGACUUCCGGCAGGCUGCCGAGCGCAUGGAAGGCUCUCGCGAUCUUGGUGCACAACUCUUUACCGCACUACUUCGUGCGCUUUCGAUUGAAGCUCGACUUGUUGCCAGUCUACAACCGUUGGGCUUUGGCUGGACCAAAGCAGAAUCCUACACUUCUUCAAAGUCAAACGGAAAAUCCCAAGGCACGCCAAAGACUGAAUCAGAUGGUGGUGGGUUUUUAGAUAGCGGUAGCGAAGAUGAGGACGAUGACGAGACUGAACCAUCCUCGCGCAACCGCAAAUCCGUCCAACGACCCGACUACGAUCUCCCGUUUCCCAUCUACUGGACGGAAGUGGCGUCUCCAGUUACGCAUCAAAUUAUCUCUGUCGACCCACUGGUACUCCCCAAUGCGGUGGCAGCUACCCAAGAGCUCCAAGCUGCCUGGGAACCCCGCGGCGCCAAAGCUGAGAAGGCUAAACAGGUAAUAUGCUACGUCAUUGCCUUUUCAGCUGAUAGGACUGCUAAAGAGGUCACAACUCGGUAUCUUCGUCGACGAACUUGGCCUGGGAAGACCAAGGGUUUUCGGCUGGGAAAGAAAGGCCCCGAUGACGAUCCCAUGGACUGGUUUCACUGUCUUCUACGCAACUACGAACGUUCAUACAAGGAUCGUACCGCCGUUGAUGAUAUAGAAGAUGCCAAAGAUCUAGCCCCGAAUCGACCGACGAAAGCGAAACCAACCAAUGAGACUGUUGAUACACUACAGAGCCUUCGCACAUCCACCGAGUUCGUGUUAGAACGCUUUCUCCGCCGUGAAGAAGCCCUUCGACCAGGGUCCCAGGCUGUCCGCACGUUCACCCCAGGAGGGAAGAACAAGUCUAAAGGAAAGGGCACGGCAACUGUAGCUGAGAGUCCCAAAGCCGAAAACGUAUACCGCCGCUCCGAUGUAGUCAAAUGCCAAACCGCUGAGAGUUGGCACAAAGAAGGCCGCGAACCGCGAGCUUCCGCAAUACCUCUCAAGCGUGUCCCCAUUCGUGCUGUCACUCUACUUCGCAAGCGCGAGGUCGACGAACAAGCACGGAUAACAGGCCAAAAGCCCCUUCAGGGUCUCUACUCCUUUGAACAGACCCAGGAAAUAAUCCCCCCACCCAUCGUUGACGGAGUGAUUCCCAAAAACGACUACGGCAACAUCGAUUGCUUUGUCCCGCGUAUGGUCCCCAGAGGCGCAGUGCAUAUUCCAUUCCCGGGAACCGCCCGAAUCUGCAAAAGGCUCGGAAUCGACUACGCCGAGGCAGUUACGGGGUUCGAAUUCGGCUCUCAAAUGGCUGUCCCCGUCAUCGAGGGGGUCGUUGUCGCAGCUGAGAAUAAAGACCUCGUAAAGGAUGCGUGGCGCGCAGAUAACGAGGAGAAACGCCGCAAGGAGCAACGAAAGGCUGAAGCAAAGAUCUUGCAAACUUGGCGCAAGUUCUUGUUUGGGUUGCGCAUUGCCGAGCGUGUUAGGGAAGAGUAUGCUGAAGAUGAGGAAGGGCACUUGCCUGAUGCCUAUAAUCCAUUUGCGAGUCGGAGGGCAGCAACACAAGCGUCGGCAUCCGCGAGGCCAGGGAUCCCAGAGCACCCGGCGGGGCUCAUGGAUGAAGAAGAGGCCGCUGAUCGUGGAGGCGGAUUCCUUCUUGGUGGGGAUGAUGAUGCUGACGAUGGGAAUUUAAUUGUGGAAGAGAGGCAGCCUCCCCUCCGACGGGUUCCGAACAUUUCUAAAGAAGAAUCACCUGCUUCUGGUGACGGAUUGUCGGAGGAGGAAGAAUAUGUUGAAGAGGUACCCCCUCCACCCCAAAAGCGCAGGCGCACUCGGAAUACAAGAGGCACGUAGGGAGUUCGACGGUUGAUUUAUCUUGAAAGGCGUUUGAUUCUUGGAAGGACAGGUAUGGAGCGGCGUCGGUUACAGUGCAAUUCAUGCCACAAUAUCGAAGGACACCUGUGGAUGUUGUAUUAUAUUAUACUCAGCCUCUAUAAUGUUCUAAAUUAGAGGCAAACUAGAGCAAAGGAAUGCGACCCCAAUAGCGAUUCUCUAGGCGCCAAAAGAUUAAGAAUGAAGGCCUAAUUUCCAACUAGGUAAUAUUAAUAUCUCCCACG